GGGGUGGUGUGAGGGUGGGCUCCACUGCAGGAGCUCCGCAGGCCCAGGCAGCUGUGACCAUCUGGUGGCCAGGAUGCAGACCUGAGGGAUGAGAGGUGCAAGGAGGGCCUCUUCCCACCCGCCGGUUGACCCACGCCAGGCAGUCCUGGCUCUGUCGGGCGGUGGCGGACGUGUAUGAGGCACUCGGCUGGCCCUGGGGGCCGUGUGGUGGGGCCGGGCCCUAGCUGAGCCUUAGUUUUCAAGUUUCUGUUGGGAGAUUGGCCUGCGUUGUCUCUCAGUCUUCGUCCCUGAAGGUGGGUCUGUCAGGUGUUGAGCCCCUGUGAUGUGUGGCUCUUCUCUGCAGGCUCCAGGCGUCAGCCCCCAUGGCAGCCGCGAGCGUGACCCCCCCGGGCUCCCUGGACCUGCUGCAGCCCGGCUUCUCCAGGACGCUGCUGGGUGCGAAGCUGGAGGACAAGUACCUGUGCUCAGCCUGUGGGAACGUGCUGCGCCGGCCAGUGCAGGCUCAGUGUGGCCACCGCUACUGCUCCUACUGCCUGGCCAGCAUCCUGAGCUCCGGGCCGCAGAACUGUGCUGCCUGCGUGCAGGAGGGCAUCUACGAAGAAGGCGUUUCCAUCUUAGACAGCGGCUCGGCUUUCCCGGACAAUGCCGCCCGCAGGGAGGUGGAGGGCCUGCCGGCCGUCUGUCCUCACAGCGGGUGUACCUGGACGGGGACAGUCAAGGAGUAUGAGAGCGGCCACGAGGGACACUGCCCAUUCAUGCUGACCGAGUGCCCCGCCUGCAAGGCCACCGUGCGCCUGAGCGAGAAGCAGCGCCACGCUGAGCUCGAGUGCCCGGAGCGCAGCCUCAGCUGCCCGCACUGCAAGGCCCCCUGCUGCUGGGCUGACCUGCAGGCGCACUGUGAGGUCUGCCCCAAGCUCCCCCUGACCUGCGAAGGCUGCGGCAAGAAGAAGAUCCUACGAGAGAAGUUCCAGGAGCACGUGAGGACCUGUGGCAAGUGCAGAGCACCCUGUCGGUUCCAGGCCUUCGGCUGCCCCGACAUGGUGGAAAGGGAGCAGCAGCAGGAGCACGAGGCGCAGCGGCUUCAGGAGCACCUGGGCCUGCUGCUGGGCCGCAUCCUGGAGGCGAAGCACCUCUCUGGAGACGAGGGCUGGGAGGCCAGGGUGCCGGGGCUCCCGGAGCCGGCCGGGCUUCUGGAGAGGUGCGACACCUUGGAGAGGAAGACGGCCACGUUCGAGAACAUCGUCUGCGUCCUGAACCGGGAGGUGGAGCGGGUGGCCAUGACGGCGGAGGCCUGUGGCCGGCAGCACCGGCUCGACCAGGAAAAGAUUGAGGCCCUCAGCAGCAAGGUGCAGCAGCUGGAGCGCAGCAUCGGGCUGAAGGACCUGGCGAUGGCUGACCUGGAGCAGAAGAUCCAGGAGAUGGAGGCAGCCGCCUACGACGGGGUCUUCGUCUGGAAGAUCAGCGACUUCGCCAGGAAGCGCCAGGAAGCCGUGGCCGGCCGCGCGCCUGCCAUCUUCUCCCCAGCCUUCUACACGAGCAGGUACGGUUACAAGAUGUGUCUGCGCAUCUAUCUGAAUGGAGAUGGCACUGGGCGGGGCACCCACCUGUCUCUCUUCUUCGUGGUGAUGCGAGGCCCCAACGACGCCCUGUUGCGGUGGCCCUUCAACCAGAAGGUGACGCUCAUGCUGCUCGACCAGAACAACCGGGAGCACGUGAUUGACGCCUUCCGGCCUGACGUGACCUCAUCCUCCUUCCAGCGGCCCGUCAGCGACAUGAACAUCGCCAGUGGCUGCCCCCUCUUCUGCCCUGUCUCCAAAAUGGAGGCCAAGAACUCAUACGUGCGCGACGACGCCAUCUUCAUCAAAGCCAUCGUGGACCUGACGGGUCUCUAGCACUGCUGCUGCUGUGUGGGAAGGUGCACCGUGGGCUCCACACUGGGCAGGGCCCCCGGGUGUCAGGCAGGGCCGGGGAGCGUCUCCAUCUCCCCCCAAGUGCGCCCUCAGCACCCAGGGGAAGAGGCCCGCUGGCUGGCGCAGAGGCCCACAGGGCGGGAGUGUGGCUGUGGACUGCAGCUGCGCCCUGCGGCACCGGGAGAGCGUUUCCUGUGCAGUGUCAGAGCACUUCGGGUGCAAUGGGAGCCGCCGUCGGGGACCCUCGUCCCUUGGACAUGGGGAGCAGGAGAAGGGGGGCUGUGGCCCGCCACCGGGCUUGGCCCUUGAGGCCCUGCUGCUCAUGCAGGGCAGGUAGACGCCCACAUGGGCCCCCCGGCCGUGCGUUUCUCAGGCCUGAGCCUAGGCUUGGUGCUGAUUGCAGGGUCCUGUACCCCUCAGGGUGUCAGGGUACCUUGCCUCUGCUGGACCUGCAGGGGUGUAGGUGGGGCGGGUGUACAGUCCAGCCCCACUCACUGGGGGACGGGUCAGCCGCACCGUCAGCUGACAAGAACGUCAUUAAAUCUUUCAAACCUGCAAGGCGUGUGGUGUCCACUUGACUGUCGGCCCUGCAGUGGUGGCCCUCGGGGCCUCUUGGUUACCCCCUCGCGCGGGGACAGGAGUGGGCGUUCUGCCUCUCUCCCCGCUGCUGCGACCCCCAGUGCUGCCCGUGUCGGGGCCCUGCCGGCCAGCCUUUGCACCUCAAACAGAGUCCCCU